UUUACAAAUGGAGCAAAAGAUCACUGUUACCACCCCAAAAGCAGCCUGUGCAUUGCAGUGUUAUGAAUGCAUACCAGGACUAUCUCUAAACUGCACUGAGACAACAAAAGAAUGUCCUUCCAAUACUCAGUGUGGUUCAUUCAGAAUAAUUUCAUAUGCAGGUGGUACAGAUCUCACUGAUGUUAAAAUGAAAAUGUGCGCUCUGGCUGAAGAGUGCAGUGAGGCCUCAGUCAACCUUGGAGUUGCCCAAGCUGUAAUUACUAGCAAGUGUUGCACCUCUGAUCUUUGCAACACCCAAGAUGCCCCUGGUGGCACCAUACCCUCUCCAAAUGGGAAAAAGUGCUACCAAUGCGAUGGAAUCGAUUGCACCAAAACUCUAACCUGCAACGGAAAUGAGGACCACUGCAUCUCAGUAGCAGAAGGGGAAACUACUAAAGUAAAGGGCUGCACCUCCAAGAUGAUUUGCUCAAACACAAAAAUUGCACAGAUCUCAGCAAUCAUUGGAGCGGAAAUCAGCUGCUGUCAGGGUGACCUCUGCAACAGUCCCAGCACUGCUGUAACAACAACAUCACAGCCCAGUAGUACAACUGCUAGCACUACAACAAGCCUCAUGCUGCUGCUCUUUGUGACACUGCUGAUUUCUUUGGUCUUAUCCUCUUAGUCGAUGGAAACAACAACAUCAUAGCCCAAUUGUUCUUCUCACCUUCACAAUGCUUUCACCCAUGUAUCUCAGGGCUCAGAGAAAUAAAAUUGUAAUGACUCAAUAUAAUUUUCACUUCGUGAAAAAAUAAUUGAAUAAAUUUCUUAAAAUCC